AUGCCGAUCAAGAAGCUCAAGCAAGAGCCAGAGGAGAAGCCCAUGAGCGCCUUCGAGCGCAAGAGGUUGGAGAAUAUUGCCAAUAACCAGACUAUUUUGAAGGAUCUUGCGAAAACCUCGAGCAAGUUGAUGCCCGAGAAGCCAAAGGCAGCGCCGAAGCCGAGACCCGCCGUCAAGAGAGAAGCUGCUCCCGUAGCACCAGCUGGCCCCGUACGACGGAGCGCCCGAGUCGCCGGUCUUGACGCAGACAAUGAGACUCUUAAGCGCAAGUACGAGGUUGAACUAGAGGACCAGGCAGCCAAGGAGAAGGCCAAGAGAACCCGCGUCAGUGGAGACCUUAAGCUGGGCGACGUCGCGGUCGAGGGGAAGAAGUUUAACAACGGCUUCGAUGGGUUGGGCGCCCUGCUUCCUCGCGGCGCACAGCCUGGCGUUCCUACCUUUACAGACGAGGAUGUCAAAAACACUUCUGAUAAGGACUUGAAGGAGUUGCGGGAAAAGAUGAACGGUCUCGAACUCUACCAGAACUGGGCUCCCAACGACAUCAAAAUCUGCCCUCUAAGAAUCUACAGUUCGACAUUUCACCCGACCGAGGACAAACCCCUCAUAUUUGCUGGCGAUAAGGAAGGAGCACUGGGGGUUUUCGACGCCUCACAGGCAGGUCCCGAGACCAACGACGACGACGAAGACGAUGACAGCUGGUUUGAACCCGUCAUUGGGGCUUUCAAGCUUCAUACCAGAACUAUCACAUCGAUUAUCGUUUCGCCAUUCAACCAGCAAAAGGUCUAUACCUCGUCCUACGAUUCAACUAUUCGUGUUCUCGAUCUGGAAAAGGACAUGUGUGUGCCUGUCUGGGAGCCUAGUGGCAAAGACGACGAUGUUCCCCUUUCGGGGAUUGAUGUGCCCCUGACGGAAGAGAAUAUCAUCUACUUCUCAACGCUUCAAGGCGCCGUUGGAAGAGUUGACACCCGCACGCCCAAGGACGCGGAGAUAUUCUCCCUCUCAGACAACAAGAUCGGCGGUUUCUCUCUAAACCCGCGUGAGCCACACCUGCUGGCUACAGCCUCACUCGACCGCACGAUGAAAAUUUGGGACAUGCGCAAGAUUAAGGGCAAAGGCGACAUGAGGUAUCCUCAAAUGCUUUACGAGCACGACAGUAGGUUAUCGGUCUCGCAUGCAGCCUGGAGCUCCGGCGGCCACAUCGCGACGUCCUCCUACGACGACACAAUUAAGAUUUACGACUUUGCGGACAAGCAGAAGUGGGACAAGAAGGGAAUGGAGCCUACACACCAAGUUCGGCAUAACAACCAAACCGGCCGAUGGGUCACUAUCCUGAAGCCUCAGUGGCAAAAGCGGCCCAAGGAUGGCAUUCAGAAGUUCACCAUCGGUAACAUGAACCGAUUCGUGGAUGUCUAUGCCGCGAACGGGGAGCAGCUGGCCCAGCUCGGAGGCGAUGGCAUUUCUGCCGUUCCCGCCGUUGCGCAGUUCCACCCGACGAUGGAUUGGGUCGCUGGCGGUACGGCCAGUGGCAAGCUCUGCCUCUGGAUGUGA